AUGCCAGUGGAGGAAGAUUUUGGCGAAACCAAACUUUGCUCGCGGUCCGUUGAACCAUUCCUUUCUUGGCUUUUCGACGACCCCGACAAAGAAACAUAUCUACGCUGGACAAACGAGUCUACAUUGGAAGCCAAGUCCAUGCGCGACUCCACCGGUAGGCCUGACGUUCUGCAAUACGAAAUCCUGCGGCGAUAUGGCGAGGCAAAAUCUUCUGCACGAGAUCAAGACGAUUACUUGAUUUGCAAGGACCUGUUGAAAGUGGCCGUAUUCUGCAAUGAGACGCUUGACUUUCAUUUGAUGGAAGGCAUGCUAGGUUUGCAGAUCUUUGGCAGAACGAUCAAGUUUUACCUCGUAGUCGUACCUGCCAAUGGGCUGUAUGGAAUGAUCGAGUUGACGGAAAUCAAAAUUCCGGACUCGCUGGGAAAUCUGCCAAGCCUGAUCACUAAAUCGCCCAAACUAUGA